AUGUAUUACUUUUUCUUUUCUCCAGGUUCUACUCUGGUGUUGUAGCAGGUGCCAGGGAGGCAUUGCUCUGUGGCAUCCCGUCUAUAUAAAUAUCUCUUAACUGGAAGAAAGAUGAAAGCCAGGAAAGUGAUUUCAAGGAUGCUGCAAGUGUUUGUUUACCUUUAAUUACUGCAGCCAUUAGAGAUAUAGAGAAGGGUGCUUUCCCUAAAUGUUGCUUAAUGAAUGUGGAAGUUCCGGCAUCUCCUCUGGCAAAUAAGGGAUUCAAAUUAACGAAACAAAGUCUUUGGAAGUCCACGUUAAGAUGGAAUGCGAUUCCAGCCAACAGGAAUCCUGGUGAACGUUUUCACUCUAAUCAUCAAGGCCUUGGCAUACAGCUUGCUCAGCUAGGUCGAGACGCCUCUGCUGCAGUUGCACAGGUAACAAAAGAGGUUGCUUGGACUGUUUUGGAUAUGCAUCCAACUUUGUUUUCUCUCGCACGGGCAUACUCUCUUCUGGAUGGUGAUGUACGUGCACAUGAGGAAUUGCUUAAGAAGCAGAGCAAUAACUUAAUCAGUGCCACCGUUAGCAAAAAUAUUUUCCAACUGAUUUGGGGGAGUUAAUCACUGCAAGCAUUGUCUUUUGGUCACUGCUCAGAGUUGAUGGUAGGAAUGUGUUAAGGGAGGAUUUGUAUUUCCAAUCCCGGCAACACAUGGUGUAAAUAUGUGAUAGGUUUUAUCUGGUUAGCUUCUUUGUAUGAAAGCACAUUUAGCUCAUUAGAAUUUAGAAGCACUAUUUUCUUUUGGGAGUAUACAUUUUUUGUAUGAAUGUUUCUACUCUUUUUCAUAUUGUUACAGUAUAUUCAGCUGAGAUAUCCUAUCUAAGUCUA